AGCACUCUUUUACCCUGUUGUAAUGUAAGAAUUCAUGAGAAUCUAAAAGCUUUUUGCUCAUAGCCUCACGAUCACAAGCACCUUGCUUUUCUUUUCUUGUCAAUUGGUGGGCUUGUAUUGGUUUCUGGGUUAGCGUAGUUUUCCACGAAUUUGCACAAUUUUGUAGUGAAAUUCUCAAGGUUGAGGUUUUGUGAUUGUUGGGUUGGCAUGGAUCUGGUUGGAUCUUCUGCUGUUGAGUGCUACAAGGGUCAAGUGAAGGUCAAAGUUUCGUUUUUUAUGGUGUGAUUUGGUCGCUGAAUGUGUUAGGAAUGAAUAUGAAGCGGAAAGUGAUUCAGCAGAAAUCUCAGCACAAAUGGAAGAAGAAGGUUUUUGCUUUGAUCUUGGUGGUGCUUUGUUUUGGAAGCUUGUUUUUUAUGCAGACACGGUACACUCAUGUAGUGGGGUUGGUUUCAUUGCAACACCAAUUCGUUUCUCAACCUCAGGUUCAGGUGCCCAAGAUUGCGUUUCUUUUCAUUGCAAGGAAUAGGCUUCCUUUGGAAAUGGUUUGGGACGCAUUCUUUCGGGGAGGCGAUAACAAAUUCUCAAUUUUUGUUCACCCAAGGCCAGGAUUUCUGCUCAACAAGGCAACAACUAGAUCAUCAUAUUUUUUGAAUCGGCAAGUUAAUGAUAGCAUACAGGUAGAAUGGGGAGAAGCAAGCAUGAUAGAGGCUGAGCGCAUUUUACUUAGACAUGCGCUUAGUGAUCCUUUAAAUGACCGUUUUGUUUUCCUCUCAGAUAGCUGUAUUCCUUUAUACAACUUCAGCUACACAUAUGACUACAUCAUGUCAACAUCAACUAGUUUCGUCGACAGCUUUGCUGACACAAAAGAAGGUCGUUACAAUCCAAAAAUGGAUCCUGUUAUUCCUGUCUAUAACUGGAGGAAAGGAUCUCAGUGGGCUGUCCUGACCAGAAAGCAUGCCAAGGUUUUAGUGGAGGAUGAAACUGUCUUUCCAAUGUUCCAACUAUAUUGCAAGAAAAAGCCACUACCAGAAUUUUGGAGGGAUCAUUACAUUCCUGCUGACACGUCUAGAGUGCAUAACUGUAUACCAGAUGAACAUUAUGUUCAGACAUUACUGGCUCAAAAGGGCCUUGAAGAAGAAAUCACACGGAGAUCAUUGACACAUACUUCUUGGGAUAUUUCCAACUCCAGGGAUCAUGAGCGUCGGGGAUGGCAUCCUGUGACUUACAAGUUUUCAGACGCUACACCUAUGCUUCUAAAAUUUAUAAAGGAAAUAGAUAAUAUUUAUUAUGAAACUGAAUACCGAAGAGAAUGGUGCAGCAGCAAGGGUAAGCCAUCGACUUGCUUCCUUUUUGCAAGAAAAUUUACUCGAACCGCUGCUUUACGGCUUCUUAAUAUGUCUGUUCUGGGAGAUUUCAGUUAAGAGAACAAAAUACUCGUUGCAAGAGGCUGAUACAAGAAGAAACUAUACUUAGUAAAGCAAAUAAGAUGCUGAAAAAAGGAAUAAAGUACAAGAGUUGAGAAGUAUUGGUAAUAAUACUGAUAUCUAUAAUGAAUUGUAUAUUUAGCCUGUGUUGUACAUGUAGUAAAUUUUUUUCAGAAUAAUAUUGACAAACUGGUGGACAAUCAUUAAAAACAUAUAAAUAAAUUUAAUUGGCUAAUGAAGAUAUAUAAAUACCAGCAUGA